AAUGAGCAAUUUCUAGAAAAGAAAUAUUCCUAAUAGCUUUACAGCACUCUUAAUAUUCUUUUGGAAUUUGUCCACUGCUUUUUCCAAAAGGCUCCUUUCCCACUAUAAGAGGAGAAAAACUUCAACACUCUCUCCACCAAUUCUCAAAAUUAUAAUUCUCUAAUCUUCAAUGGCAAGUCGCAAACAGCUUGAAGUUCAUUCAGGAGAUCAAACUCCACAGAAAUGGUGUAUCUCAUUAGGAGAAGAAGUCUUCAAAAGAUUCAUCUCUCAGGGCAGUCCAACAGUGCAUAAGGUCUUCAAUGAAGGUUCACUUUUCAGUCCACUCUUGUUUGGAAAAUUCUUUGAUCCUUCAGAUGCUUUCCCUCUAUGGGAGUUUGAGUCAGAUAUCUUGUUAUCUAAUCUCCGGAGCUCCGGCCAAAGCACUGUUGAUUGGUCUCAGACAGAUCAAGAUUAUGUACUAAAAGCAGAACUACCAGGAGUUGGGAAUAAUGUUCAAGUCUGUGUUGAAAAGGGGAAGGUUGUUGAAAUUAGUGGGCAAUGGAAACAGCAAAGGGAGUCCAAGACAAAGGACUGGAGAAGUGGCCACUGGUGGGAAUAUGGGUAUGUUCGGAGGCUUGAGCUGCCAGAAGAUGCAGAUUGGAGGAGGAUAGAGGCAUCUGUGAGUAAUGACAUACUCAUAGAAGUUAGAAUUCCCAAGAACCUUAUGGUUGGUGAUGCUUCUCAAGGAAAUGAUGCGGCUAGGAAAGAUUCUGAAGUUGGUGGAAGUUAAGAUGUGUUAAGCAGACUGCUUAGGACUGUUUAAUUUGGACUAUCUUCCUUCAGUCAAGUUACAUGACAUAAACUGUAUGAGUAUAUAUGUUUAUAGAUUGUACCAAAACAUUUUAUAUUUCUGGUACAAUCACUUCUUCUAAACCCAA